AUGAGUUCUGAUAUAAAUAAUGCUUAUGCAAAGGUACAAAAUAAAUAUGCAUGGAGAGAUGGAAAGGCAAUGUGGAAACCUAUAUAUCAAACAAAUGUAAAGGUAGAACCUACAAUUAAAGAUGCAAGUGUAGAAGAAUCUACUUAUCUCAAGCUAAAUUUUACCUCAUUACCAACACAAGGUGAGAAUGGUCCUUCAACUAAUGCAAUAUGCUAAGGUAAUAAAUAUUGAGAUGAUGAGAAGGCCCUUAAAGUUAUUAUGUGACAAGUAUUACAUGGGUGCGCCAAAACAAUAUAGGAGGUGUGUAGAGUAAUACAAAACAGUAAAGAGAGUAUAGCAAAGCUUGCAGAGCACUAUAAUCUUAAUCCGAAGGCUAUUGUAAAAUGGAAAAAACGCUCAUUUGUUAUAGACGCUGCAAUUGGCCCAAAACAUGGAAAAUCAAAGAUGUCAACUCAAGGGGAAGAAGCAAUAAUUGUCACUUUUCGCAAGCAUAUACUUCUUCCUUUGGACAAUUGCCUUUAUUCUUUGCGGGCCAUAAUUCCUUGUUUAACUCGGUCUAGUUUGCAUCAUUGUUUGCAAAGACACGGCAUUAGCAUACUGUCAGAUGUUGAAGGAGAGAUAAAAGCCAAAAAGAAAUUCAAGCUAUGUCCAAUCGGUUAUUUCCAUAUUGAUAUCGCAGAAGUUAUAACAGAAGAAGGGAAGUUACAGCUAAACUUGCUUAUGUUAAACUGCAUAAUAACGCUAUAA